GGUUUCAACUACAAGACUGGUAAGUACUUUGAGCGAAAGCAGACACAGUAGCAAUCAAAAAAGCAACCCAACAAAUUGGUGAAGGAUCGCAGGAUGAUAGGAGUUGGAAAGAUGAAGCAGUACACAAAUGUCCUCGACAGACCCCUCAGUAAAGGCAAACAAGAGGUGAGUUUGAGUGCAUUUGCAUUCUUGUUCUCAGAGCUGGUUCAGUACAAUCAGACUCAAGUUGACAACAUUGCUGAACUCGAAAGAAGGCUCGAAGAUGCAGGAUAUGCUGUUGGAGCAAGGGUUUUGGAACUUCUUUGCCACAGAGAAAAGGGAAACAGAAGAGAGACACGACUCCUGGGUAUCUUAUCUUUUGUACACAGCACAGUAUGGAAGGUGUUGUUUGGAAAGGUAGCUGACUCUCUUGAGAAAGGUACUGAACAUGAAGAUGAAUACAUGAUUAGCGAGAAGGAACUUUUGGUCAACAGAUUUAUAUCAAUUCCCAAAGAUAUGGGUACUUUUAAUUGCGGAGCUUUUGUUGCUGGAAUUGUAAGGGGCGUUUUGGAUAAUGCAGGUUUCCCUGCUGUGGUAACAGCUCAUUUUGUUCCUGUUGAAGGACAGCAGCGACCUCGAACAACCAUCUUGAUAAAAUUUGCUGAGGAGGUACUACGAAGAGAGGCAAGAUUGGGCUGAUACUUACUUUUCAAUGUUCAUUAAUCAAUAAGAAGUUGCAGAUCGUGAAAGCUGUCAUUUCAUUACUAGAAACUGGCAUUUUCAUAGUCCAAGAAGUUUGCAGUUCGUGAAAGCUGUCAAUUGAUUACUGGAAAUUAGCAUUUUCAUGGUCCAUGAUGCAUACCUACUGCCCUUCCUGGCAGUAUAUCUGUACCUGUCAAAAGUAUCAUAGCAGCCGGUUUAGAGUGCCAUUUUAAGAUAUGAUUGGUGGAAACUUUUGCAAUUCGCAAGCUCUUUUGAGGAAAUUUAUGGACAUCAACACAGGAAGUUACAUUUUAACCAGGAUGAGUUAAAUGUAUGGGAAUUGAAUACUUUGGCUUUCUUUUAACAAAAUGUUUGGUAUCAUCAA